GACUGGUUUAAACUUGUAACUUUACAAUGUUAUCAGUGUUAUAAAACAAGGACAGUUAAAAAGAGCAAAGUCCACGUAUACAACAUUUACAUUUGGAAAGUGUGAGACAAUCUGAGCGUUACAAUUCAAGUUAAAACAUGGCAGUCCCAGGAAAGAAAGCAUCAAAACAAUUUUCAUCAUCGACAACAUACAUGGCAUCAGAUGAAGAUCUUCAAAUUUACUGCCAGCCUUGUGACGAGGAAGGAACUAGACUCCCUGCCCACGGUUACUGCACUGACUGCAAGGAACACCUUUGCAAGACAUGCUUUAUAGCACAUAAAAAAAAUAGGCUUUCAAAACAUCAUAAACUUCAGGAUGCUAUGAAUAUGCCUCAAGUUUUGCAACAACGCUCAAAAUCCAUCCAUACAGGUCAGUCUAAUUUCCUGACCACACCCUGUCUUAAACAUCCACAAGAAAUGAUCAAGUUCUACUGUCAUGAUCAUGUGGAAUUUCUAUGCAGUGUUUGUGUUACCCUUGCACAUCAAGCUACUUCCUGCAAUGUCAACUAUAUACCAGACAUUUCUGGUGAUAUAAUAGACAGCAAAGAAUAUCUAGUUAUCUUGAAUGCAGUAAAUACCACUUCUGACAAAUUUCAACAGAUAUUAAAAGAUGUCAAGAACAUGACACACAAAUCAAACAGCUCUCUCAAAGAAUCAUUGGCAGAAAUCAAAAAGUUUCGACAAGAAAUCAACCAAAGACUAGAUGAACUUGAGAGACAGGCUGAAGAUGCAGCUAAAGUCAUAGAACAAGAAAACAACAAACAUCUGAAAGCAGUAGAAACAACAUGUGAAGAUAUAACCAAAUCUCUGAAGAUAUCCACAGAUAAAAUCAAACAACUCAACACAUCUAAACAAUCUGACAAACUCUUCAUGGAACUCAAACUUGCUGAGAAAACAAUGAAAGAUAUGGAGGAAAAAGAAAUAAAACUUUCUUCAUACGAUAUCAAAGAGCACAACUUUAAAGCAAAUGUGGCAAUAUUAACCAACCUUAAAGCAGAGAAGUCUUUUGGUACAUUGACACAGAGAACUUUAAAUAAAGAAGCUCUACCCAUACAAAUACAGUCUAGACAAUCUUUACAUGAGGGUGAAAUCUGUGUGAAGACAUCAAAAGAUAGAACCAGAUGCUGUAUAACAGGAAUGACUCUGCUGACUCCUGAUCUUCUUAUCAUCACUGAUUACAAUAACAAUGCUUUAAAGAUGGUGGAUACCAGCAGUCAAUCUGUGUAUGAUCAACUACAACUAGAAAGUGAACCAUGGAAUAUCACCACAGUAACCAGUACUGACCUUGCUGUCACAAUUUAUGACAGACAGACAAUACAGUUUAUAUCAAUCUCAUCAAACAAACUCAUAAAGGAGCACACUGUGAAGGUUAGUAGAGACUGUUAUGGUAUAAGCUGUUACCAAGGUAAACUUGUUGUGUCAUUUGUUGAUCCUGCAAAACUUCAGAUCCUUGAUAUGAAUGGCACAAUACUGACAACAAUUGAUGGAAAAAAUAUUUUCAAAGAUCCACUGUAUAUCACAAGUAACAGAAGUUCUAUCUAUGUAUCUGACAGUGGCAUGAAGGCAGUGACAAGAUUAAACUGGCAGGGUGAAGUGAUAGGUAGUUAUAGUGGUAUAAGUAAUCCUGCGGGAAUGUCACUGUCAGAUGAUGGUACUGUUUUUGUCUGUGAUAAUAAGAGAAAUGUUAUAGAAGAGAUAUCAGGAGAUUGUUCUAGAGGAAAGGUGGUGUUGAAGAAUCUGAAAAAUCCAUAUGCUAUAUGCUGGUGUGAGGAAACAAAGAAGCUGUAUUACAGUGGUGGGGAAAAUGAUGGGCAAUAUGACAACUUUCUUCACACCUAUAAACUAUCAUAAACUUGAGCAAAAUGUUUAGUUAUUUUGACUAUAUCUAAACACAUACUAUAUAUGCUUACAUAGGCACUUAAAUCCAAUAUAGCAAUACUUUUCUAUGAAGUGACUUUAAAAUAAGAAAUUAAGAAUAAAUAUAUGUCAUCAGAUUUAAGCUUAUUUACUAAGGCAAUGUUUCAUUACUGUGAUUCUCAAAGUCCCCAUAAUUCAGUGCUUUUCAUAAAAAUUGGGUUUUUUUAUUGCCAAUUUUCAAAAGGCCCUGGUCCAGUCACAAGAAACCAGAAAAGACAAUGUGUUUGUUAAGGAGUCAUUGUAGUCAUAUACCACUGAAGAUCAACAUAAUAGUGAAUACACCUUACCAGCUUUUCUGGAUAACUAACCAGUAAUGAUCAAUUUCUAUGCAAGUGAGUAACUACUAAUCCUAUGUGAUUUCUGAAUCAGUGGUGGGAGAUAUAUGACCAUUAGACUCAAUUUGAGUGACCAGUUGUCAUGGAGAAAUAACUCCUCCCCUG